AUGGAUACUCCCUCCACAGCAGAGCCAGACUGGGGCAAAGUCAGUGAAGCCCUUCACACUGCUGGCACCGAAAUUGGAAAGCUGGAAAAUUUGCCCCUGAUCAAGCACGGCGAAGCGGUAGUGGCAAAAAUUGAUAGCAUGAGCCAAGAAAUGCAGGACAUGAAGCAGGAAGCGCAGGACGUGAAGCAGGAAAUGCAGGACAUGAAGAGAGCGAUGGCAGAGCAGUUCGCCCGAGUUGAAGCCAAGUUUGAUCUACUCAUCCAGGAGAUGCGCACCGGGUUCCAGUCCCUUUCAACCAGAAUCACUGCCACCGAUACCAAUGCCGUUAUCCGCAACCAGAAUUCAUUCCUCGGGGCCCUUUCAGAUCAGCUCGUUCCCCUCGUAAAUCCUUUGACCAAUACUCCAGUAGCGAACUUCCCUGCCUCAAUUGCCGACAUCAACAAGCUGGACGAGGACGAAACUGAUGCUCUUUUGAAACAGCUCAACCAACAAACUGCAGAUGGUACCACCUUGGCGGGCAAGAAGAGACAAUUGAAGAUGUACAUCGGCUUGGGAUGA